AUGGUGUUCGUGUGGCUCACCGCGUUCUUCCUCGUCGUCGCGCUCAUCGUGCUCGUCAUCUACCAGCUGAUGUGCUUGGCAGAUCUAGAGUUCGACUAUAUCAACCCAUUUGAUUCAUCCUCUCGAAUAAAUAAAGUCGUGAUGCCGGAAUUUGUGUUACAAGCGCUUCUCAGCGUACUGUUCCUCUUAUCUGGCCAUUGGGCGAUGUUCUUACUUUCUUUCCCAUUGGUGUACUACAAUUAUACGCUGUACCAGCGGCGGCAACAUCUGGUAGAUGUGACAGAGAUAUUUAAUCAACUUGGCCGUGAGAAGAAGCGCCGCCUUUUUAAGAUAGUUAGUCUCAUAGUUCUCCUCUUCCUGUCCUUGUUCUGGAUGAUCUGGAGUGUAUUGUCGGAGGAGGACGAGUAG